GCUCGGCUGCCCCCCACUUUCCUCCUCCUGAGCUCCAUCCUGGGCCGCGCGGCCGUGGCCCCCAUCACCUGGUCUGUCAUCUCCCUGCUGCGCGGUGAGGCCUAUGUCUGUGCUCUCAGCGAGUUUGUGGACCCCUCCUCGCUCACAGCCGGGGGAGAGGGCUUCCCGCGAGACCAUGCCACGGAAAUCCUGGCCAGGUUCCCUUGUGGGGAGGGCCCUGCCAACCUGUCAGGCUUCCGGGAGGAGGUCAGUCGCAGGCUCAAGUAUGAGUCCCAGCUCUUUGGGUGGCUGCUCAUAGGUGUGGUGGCCGUCCUGGUGUUCCUGACCAAGUGCCUCAAGCAUUACUGCUCACCACUCAGCUACCGCCAGGAGGCCUACUGGACGCAGUACCGCAACAACGAGGAGCAGCUCUUCCAGCGCACGGCCGAGGUGCACUCCAGGGUGCUGGCCGCCAACAACGUGCGCCGCUUCUUCGGCUUCGUGGCCCUCGACAAGGACGAUGAGGAGCUGGUAGCCAAGUUCCCUGUGGGAGGCACACAGCCGCGGCCGCAGUGGAACGCCAUCACUGGUGUCUAUCUGUACCGUGAGAACCAGGGCCUCCCCCUCUACAGCCGCCUGCACAAGUGGGCCCAGGGGCUGCCAGGCAACGGCACAGCCCCGGAAAACAUGGAGAUGGCCCUGCUUGUCUCCUAAGGUUCCUGUUCCCACACUCUUGGCAAAUGACAAUCCUUGGUCCAACACUGAACCCCACUGUCUGCUCACAUCAGCAUCAGAUUUUUUUUCUUUUAACCAUAGCUUUUUGGGAAAACAGACCAAGAGAAAGAAACAAAAGUAAUCUGGGUACAGAGGAGAGAGCUAAUGCGCAAUGUGGUCAGCGUGACAGGAAGGCUCUCCGACCUGAAGAAAUCCCCUCUCAUACUGCCAUCAGCCACCUGGUCAACAGCUGGGAGGGAAGACUCGUACUCAGAACUGGUCCUUAAUCAGCUAUGAUGUGGAGGACCUUUUACUGGUGGGCUCCAAGGCUGAGAAGCCCUGGCCAGCACAGCGAGGUGACAGUGAAACCUGCCAGCAGGCUCAUUGUAUAGGAUAUUGUGCAGUUAAUUUGUGUCUAACUGCUUAUGGACACCCAGCUCAGCGGUGCUCAGCUGGGAAGCUGCCCUUCGAUGCAUGCCACUGGCUUUAUUUUAUAUGUUUACAUUUUUGAUAAAGCUUUUCUAAGGAUAAUGGA